GCUUCUUCCUGAGGGAGCUCAGCAGCAGCCUCCACCACACCACCACCACACGCAGACAUGCCGCCCUUCGAGAGGUCCAUGGAAAUGAUGCCUUUCAAGCAAAGGAAGUGCUUGGCCACACGAAAAGAUGAAGUCUGCACAAUUCGGUCCAAAUUUCCCAAUAAGUUGCCGGUCAUCGUUGAGCGAUACAUUAGAGAGAAACAGCUUCCUCUACUGGACAAAACAAAGUUCUUGGUCCCUCAUGAACUCACAAUGGGGCAGUUUCUGUGCCUGCUCAGGAGUAAGAUAGCACUGGAGGCCUCCCAGACUUUGUACCUGCUGAUCUCAGGAAAGAGCAUGUGCUGUAUGACGGCCAGCAUGGCGGAGAUAUACUCACAGCACAGAGAUCCCGACGGCUUCCUCUACAUGACCUACUCCUCGCAAGAUAUGUUCGGGUGAGAUAAGACAUCAGGGCCUUUUUAGGGACCACUCCACUAUCUCCAUUUUCUCCAUUCUGCAGUACUGACUGAGCGAAGCUCUACUACUUUCAUCUCUCCCCGGUCCUGCUGAACGUCAUCACAUCAUGCAGAUAUGGCCAAGAACAUUCCGUUUUCUGAUCUCUACUCUGUUUCAGUUCUUUUUUAUUUUCGUAAGGAGGAGAAGAAACAACACUGUAUGUGCCCUGUCACAAGUUAACGCGAGUUGCAGCACAGCUUAAGAAUCAAUGUCACUCGAGCACUUAUCUUGAAGACACAGGCGUCUGGUCGUGACGUUCUGAGCUUGUGGGACUGCCGUGGAACAAAGGACAUGUCCUGGGAUUCCAUAUCCUUCAGCUAGCUGUCACAGGAAGAGGGAGAGGAAGAGGGUCCAUGUCAGGGUGAUAAACAUUGUUCUCUUUGUUGUGUCUUUUCUCUUGUCUCCUGGAAACAGCCCUGUUGGAACAGAGCUCAAGAGACUGAGCCAUUUUGAGUACAAAUACCACCAAAUGUUUACAGUGAACAACACAGUCAUGUACUCUACCUCAACUGUUAUUGGGAAAGCUAAAAAUAAACCUGUUCUGCCCUUUAAA